ACGGAACCCAGAAUGCUGAGGGCGGCGGCCGCGCAGUGCUGCGGAGCGGAGUCUGCGUGCGCUCCCGGGCUGGCGCCGCUCUCUAGGAGCGCUCAGCAUGAGCCCGGCCGUGCGGAAGGUGAAGGCUGCGGGCGAGGGCCGCUUCGUCUGCGUGCAGUGGGAGGACGGAAGCGAGAGCAGCUACCCCUCCGUCUGGCUGCGGGACAGCUGCCAGUGUCCCCUCUGCUUCCUGCCCUCCGCCGGAGCGCGCAGGCUGCUCCUCGAGGAUCUGGAUGUCGACAUCGUGGUGAAGCAGGUUGCUCUGGCAGAUAGCAAAAAGAUCUCUAUUACAUGGCCUGAUGAACACACAAGCGAAUAUGAAGCUGAGUGGUUGAAAAAACGAUGCUUCUCUGAAGAAGCCAGAGCUGUAAUGCGAGCAGAUUUAUUUUUACCAGAACAUCAGUACUGGGGCUCAGACCUUCAACUUCCCAAAAUACCUUUUGAAGAAAUCAUGUACAAUGAUGAAAGUGCAUACAGGUGGUUGUGCAACCUAAAGAAAGUGGGAAUUGUUCUACUGACAGGAGCUGCUACAAGGCAGGGAGAAUUGAUUAGACUUGGCCACAGGAUUGGGUUCCUGCGUCUCACAUUUUAUGGACUGACUUGGCAAGUGCAAGACAAAGCAGAUGCUAACAAUGUAGCAUACACAACUGAGAGACUCUGUUUCCACACUGAUUACCCUGCUCUGCAGCAUCCACCUGGGGUUCAGUUUCUUCACUGUAUAAAGCAAACAGCUGCAGGAGGUGAAAGUGAAGUUGUAGAUGGAUUUCAUGUAUCCAACAAGCUGAAGAAACAAAAUCCUGAGGCAUAUCAGAUCCUGUCCUCUACUGCUGUAGACUAUGCUGAUGUUGGGGUGGAUUACUGUGAUUUUGCUGUGCACUGUAAACAAAGGAUUAUAGACAUGGAUUCCAGAGGCCAAGCAAUUCGCAUCAAUUAUAAUAAUGCAACAAGAGACACAGUGUUUGAUAUACCAGCUGAAAAAGUGAGGCCAUUUUAUGCAGCUCUAAAGGAAUUUAAUGAUUUAUUGAACAGCACAGAACACAAGUUUACUUUCAAGAUGAAUCCAGGAGACGUACUGACAUUUGAUAACUGGCGUGUGCUUCAUGGUCGCCAAAGCUACCCAUCCUGUUCAGAAGUGACACGUCACCUGGAAGGUGCCUAUGCAGACUGGGAUGUAGUCAUGUCAAGGCUCCAGCUCCUUAGGAAAAGGGUCCUAAAGAGGGAUUGAGCUGUCUUCUAACUAGAAUGAGCAAAACAUAGAUUAUCUAACCUCAAUCACAACAGCAAUAUUAAAUAAAUUAGUCUUCUUUUCAGAAACUGACAUCACUUUUGACAAGGGCUUGUCAUAGAACCAGGGUAAAGGCUUUGAACUGACAGAGGGUAGGUUUUUAUUAGAUAUGAGGAAGACAUUCUUUACUGUGAGGGUGCUGAGGUACUGCAGCAGGUUGCUCAGAGAAACUAUGGCUGCCCAGUCCCUGGAAGUGUUCAAGGCCAGGCUGGGUGGGGCUUGCAGCAACCCGGGAUAGUGAAAAGUAUCCUUGCUUAUUGCAGAGGGGAUGGAAUGAGGUGGUCUUUAAGGUCCCUUUCAACCCAAACCAUUCUAUGAGUUUGUCAUAAAUAUAUUUUUUGUUUCUAUAAGCUAAGAAACAUUUUGUUUAUAACAAUUGAAGAUUUAUCUGUGCCCUGGUCUUUGAAUCUAGGAAAUAUAUUGCUAUGUCUGUAAGUUUAUGAGCUUUUAUGAAAGCAGUGUGCAAAGUGGCUUGAAAGAUUAUCACUUCACUGGACUGACUGUGGAUCACAAUGCCUUCCUUUGCCUCUACAGAUCUACCUGCCCUCCCUAGAAGGCUUGAAAGGUAAAAGGAAAAAAGUAUCAUUAACUAAAUUUUGCUAUGAAUGGCACCUUUCUUUAUUUUCAGACAUGAGUUCUUUAUUGCAUAGAUCAUAACUAAAAUUCACUAUCAAAAUUUAAAAAAAACUCACCGCCAUGAUGUUAUUUUUAAAUACUCACCUUUCUAGGUAAGACUCUGCUGUAAUACAUGAUGUCAUUGAACAGAGGUUGUAUUCUCUAUAUCCCACUGUACAUGUUUUGAUUAUCACAGCCAUGAAUAAUUUUUCUUACAUUUCCAAGUUCAUAACGUCAGAAAUUAUAAACCUACUAAAGAAUGCAUCAUAUUAAUGUUCUUCUGCAUUAGGAAGAUAAAUCACUCUCAGUGUAGAACAGGAUCAGAAAUCCUGUCAGAGGCCAUGUACAGACCUAAGGUCUGUACAGCAGAUUUUUGAGUUAAGUCAAAAGGAGGAAUGCUGAUGAUGCUUGGUGGCUAGAAACUACAAAGCAGAAGCAGAAGUGGCUAUUGGCUUCGCAUAUGACAGAAAUGUGGCAACUGAACCUGUUGCUGUUCAUUUCUGGUCCCCGGGGAGUCCCUGGGGGGCCUCCUAAGCUUUGUAUUCACUGGUAGCAGCAGACAGGCAAGGAGACACCACACAGCUUCUGAGGGUGUUAAUCAGAUGAGGGUUUAUUGGGGGUCCCACCCCGGGAGCAGCAUGGUGUCUGAGGGAGAAGGGGAGAAGAAGAGGGGAGGGGGAGAGAGGGAGAGCCCAGGGAGAAAAGGGGCCAAGAGCAAGGCUGGUCUCCCUCGCACAGCUUAACAGGAGAUUCAAAGUGGGUGCGGAAUCAGACUUGGGCCAAUGGGAUUACAGAUACAUGAUACUGCAGGGGAGGCUCACAGCUUGGAAUAAACCGUACAUUUUCAAGGGCUGAGACAGAGCAUACCAUUUAACUAAAAUGUAACAUCACAUGAACCCAAAUCCAUUUUUGUUACACCUCCAAUAUGUCUUUAGGAUGUUUUCCUCUACUCUGGAUUCUGAAUAAAAAUCACUAUGUAGAAAUGACUGCAGCCAAAGUAGUGGAGUUCUUUCCCUACAUUCAGAUACCAAAUGAAAAAAGAAAGAAUUUUUAAGUACUUGUUUUCAUACUCAUCAACAUGUCCACUGAGUUCAUUUUUCACUGUGCUUACAGCUGCAGAGUUAACAGGAUGCCUCUCACCAUGCUGCGAGCUGGGCAAAAUAGCCACUCUUCCACCCUCAAAUCCUUCUGUUCAACUCUCUAUUUUCAAACUGUCCCUUCCAAGUCAAAUAAAUCCUAGUCUCUUCUUGGAAGGGUAACACAACAGAACUACAACUACAGAAUUAAAUAACCGUAGAAUUAAAAUAAGGCCAGGUUAGAUGGAGCUUUGAGCAACCUGAUUUAGUGGAUGGUGUCCCUGCCCAUGGCAGGCAGACUGGAACUGAAUGGUCUUUAAGGUCCCUUCCAACCCAGUCCAUUCUAUGAUUCAAUGACCUAAAAUCAGUUUGCAAAUACUUCCAUAGCUCCUGCUCAUCAUGUAACAACACGUAUCAGCUAAAUAAU